AUGGCAUGCAUCUCGAGUUCCCAGUGCCUGGAGAUCUUCAUGGUGGCGCCCGCCUUUAAUCCCAGCUCUCUUGAGGCAAGGGUGAAGUCCCAGCUUGAGGAGAAGGAAAAUCGGAAGUUCUCCGUCUUUAAAGCUGUGUCUUACAGGAGCCAGGUCGUGGCCGGCAGCAUCUACUACAUCAAGGUUGACGUUGGUGAUGGUGAGUUCAUUCACAUGACGGUGUUGGAAAGACUCCCUCAUGAGAACAAGCCGCUGUCCUUGCAGGACUACCAGACCAGGAAGACCCAGGAUGAUGCACUGGAAGACUGCUAAGUCCUCAGUCCCUGUGCG